UUCAGAUGUGAUAACUGUCACAGAAGGUGUCUGGUACUGCUCUUCUUCGCUAAUAUGUACUGUUUUUGCCUUUUCUUCUGAAAAUGUCGACCGGACGGUUGGUUUCGGCAGUUUUCUUGCAUUCAUAGAGAAGUGGGUGCAUUUUACAGAUGCAGGAUGCGGUGGUGUCCUAGCUCUAUUCUCCACCUGCUGCGCUGUGUGCGGUUGCGGUUGUGUACCAGGAGAGGAAAGAACAGGCUGCCUUUGUGGAUAAGGGAACUAUCGGCCUACAUGAAACUACUGGUGCAGUCACUGUACUUUAACUCCCUCACAGACUCAGAUGUGAUUUUUGAUUCAGUCUUUGAACCAGUGUUUUGGACUGUGGAUUAUGUCACCCGCUGGUUUGGCCUGGUGUUUGUUUGCCUGGUGGUGAUACUGACCAGCUCCAUCGUGGUGAUAGCCUAUGUCGUCCUCCUGCCUCUGGUACUCAACACUUACUCCCCUCCAUGGAUCGCUUGGCAUGUUUGUUAUGGACAUUGGAACCUCAUCAUGAUUGCUUUUCAUUACUACAAGGCCGCCAAGACCUCCCCUGGGGCCCCCCCUACAGAGAAAAAUGACAUUCCGUUUGUAGCUGUCUGCAAAAAAUGCAUCAUGCCCAAACCAGCAAGAACGCACCACUGUGGUAUCUGUAACACGUGCAUUCUGAAAAUGGACCAUCAUUGUCCUUGGUUGAAUAACUGCGUGGGACAUUUUAACCACCGUUACUUCUUCUCCUUUUGUCUCUUCAUGACCUUGGGCUGUGUCUACUGUAGCAUCAGUGGCAGAAACUUGUUCCUAGACGCAUACAAUGCUCUUGAGCGCUUUAAGCAUUUGGAUGUGGAAAAACCAGGGGUACCAGUAACAGGGAUGGGACUUCUUAUAGGGCUUCUCCCUCCUGGCCAGGUACAGUCUCAAAAGUACACACACAAUGACAAGAGUAAGCUUAUCCGUUGUUAUUAUCAUCUGUUUUGUAAUAUUUUUUUCUUUGUCAAGACUCACUAUCAGACAGCUGCACCUCCAUACACCUUUAAGGAUAAGAUGAUUCACAAGAGCAUCAUCUACAUGUGGGUGCUUACCAGCACAGUGGGUGUGGCACUAGGAGCUUUGACCGUUUGGCACGCAGUUCUCAUAUCCAGAGGAGAGACCAGCAUAGAAAGACACAUUAACAGCAAAGAAACACAGCGACUGGCCAAACGGGGAAGGGUAUACAAAAACCCGUUCAAUUAUGGCAGGUUGAAUAACUGGAAAAUCUUCUUCGGUGUGGAAAAGACAAGUCACUGGGUGACACGUGUCCUUCUUCCCUCCGGUCAUGCCCCACAUGGUGAUGGAUUGACGUGGGACAUCUUCUCAGUUAAAAAGGACUUGAUACCCGUAUGACAGACUCUUCCUAGACAUACUCAGAGUCUACAGACUUUGCUCUGUCCAGCCUACUCUGGUCAUUUGAUCCGAUUGGCGUAAAGAUUCUCUUUAUGGUGGAGAAAUGGGGUCAUGCCAACCUCCAAUACCUCAAAAAAUGCUGUGGCAUAGCUCAUGGUUUGACGGUCUACAUUUUUCGGCAAUGAUAAGGCAGUUUCUCUUGUAGGGUUUGUUCUCUACUUGAGUUACAAACUGGUCUUAGUUGACUCUGAGCUAAUGACGGGUUUGAUAUUUUUACGUACUGACUGACAUAUCAUUGGACUGAAGUACUUGCAAAGAAAUGAUUUUUUUAAAGCAAACAAUCUCCGCUCUUCCUGCCCAAGAUAAUAUUCAUUCAAAAAAAACUUCAAAAAAAAAAAAAAGAAUAAAACACUAAGGUUUGGGACAUAGUCAUUUCUCCCAACACCUACACCCCUCUAUCCCAUUUGCACCCUCCAGUCCAACAUAUCAUUUGAUUCAAACAUUCAAGGAAAACAGCAACACCAUGAUAAUGUAUUAUUUAUCUGUAUUUUGUACUUGUUAAGUUAAUAAAUCUUUAUAAAUUGCUUUAUUUAAAUAA